UUGGUCUACCCAAAAAAAUAAGCUUUGGUGGUCAAACGUUAAAAUUAUGAAAAUUUAAGAUGACAGUAAUUAAAUGAAGGAGUAAAAAUACCAGUUAUAUAGCUAGGUUAAUUAGGCUAGCAAAUAAUGUCACAACUCCUCUUACCUGCACAUGCACCUGCUAAUCCAAUCCUCCUAGUUGAAUUAAUUAAGCAACGUGUGAUGUUGGAGUUGGACUAUUGAAUCACCAAACAGUGCCCACUACUCAUCUCUCACCUUUAUAUAAGAACUCCAUUCAUUCCAUUCUCUUCAACCAAGUUGUAUCAUGCAUCUCUCAUGAAGUGAAUAUUCACUCACCCACCAUGCAAUGCAAUUGCAACCUAUGAACAACAUGCUUCCUUUCUUCAACCAAUCAAUGGAGCUUGUUCAACUCCCCAAGCCACUUAGAACCAGAACCCAUCUCUCUCCUACGCUAGGGGAACUCCUCAAACGCGUCGAAGAUGCUCAAAACGACAGCACCAAUCCUCAACCACAUCAUGUUCUCGACCUAUCCUCCUCUUCCUCUUCCUCCACCACCCUUCCACCACACCCUUUUUUCCUUUCUUUCUCAAACUUAACUUACAGCGUCAAACUCCACCAAAAGAUGACUUUCUCCCCACGCUUUUCCUCUAACCAAAAUUCCCAACCAACUGAUAUUCCCGAAGCCGAAACCAAACCAAACGGCACCAAAAUUCUCCUAAACAACAUAUCCGGCGAAGCAAGAGACGGAGAAGUCAUGGCAGUUCUUGGUGCAAGCGGCUCCGGCAAAUCAACACUCAUCGACGCACUCGCUGAUAGAAUUUCCAAAGACAGCCUCAAAGGAACAAUAACUCUAAACGGCGACGUUUUAGAGUCCAGUCUCCAAAAAGUAAUUUCAGCUUACGUCAUGCAAGACGAUCUUCUCUUUCCCAUGCUCACCGUCGAAGAAACUCUCAUGUUCUCCGCCGACUUCAGACUCCCUCGAUCUCUCUCAAAAUCAAAGAAGAAAGCACGCGUUCAAGCACUCAUCGACCAGCUCGGUCUCCGCUCCGCCGCAUCAACCGUAAUCGGAGACGAAGGUCACCGCGGCGUCUCCGGCGGAGAACGCCGCCGUGUUUCAAUCGGAACAGACAUCAUCCACGAUCCAAUCAUUUUAUUUUUAGACGAACCAACCUCCGGUCUGGACUCGACCAGCGCAUACAUGGUGGUGAAGGUGUUACAGCGAAUUGCUCAAAGCGGAAGCAUCGUGAUCAUGUCCGUUCAUCAACCAAGCUACAGAAUCCUCGGUUUACUUGACCGUUUAAUCUUCCUCUCUCACGGUCAAACCGUCUACAGCGGUUCUCCGGCGAACCUCCCUCUCUUCUUCUCUGAAUUCGACCAUCCCAUACCGGAAAACGAGAACCGCACGGAAUUCGCACUUGACCUAAUCCGCGAACUCGAAGGAACUCCCGGAGGAACAAAAAGCCUAGUGGAGUUCAACAAAUCAUGGCAGUUAAAAAACAAACCAGUGCCACCUUUAAAUAACGGAGCGAAACUGUCGUUAAAAGAAGCUAUAAGCGCGAGUAUCUCAAGAGGGAAAUUAGUAUCAGGAACUAACGGAGCAAACGGAAACGGAAACGGAAACGCAACGGAUUCAAUUGCCACGUUUGCAAAUCCGUUUUGGAUUGAAAUGGCGGUUAUUGGAAAACGGUCUCUAACAAACUCAAGGCGGAUGCCUGAAUUAUUCGGAAUCCGUUUAGGUGCAGUUCUUGUAACCGGAGGAAUCUUAGCUACAAUCUUCUACCGUCUCGACAAUUCUCCAAAAGGUGUUCAAGAGCGUUUAGGUUUCUUCGCAUUCGCCAUGUCAACAACCUUCUACACUUGUGCUGAAGCCAUUCCCGUUUUCCUUCAAGAGCGUUACAUUUUCAUGAGAGAAACCGCCUACAACGCUUACCGUCGUUCCUCCUAUGUUCUCUCUCACUCCAUUAUAUCCCUCCCUUCUCUCAUCUUCCUCUCCUUCGCCUUCGCCAUCACCACUUUCUGGUCUGUCGGACUCGCCGGUGGAACAUCCGGUUUUCUCUUUUACUUUUUCACUAUCCUAGCUUCCUUCUGGGCAGGAAGCUCCUUUGUGACGUUCCUCUCCGGCGUCGUUUCACAUGUGAUGCUAGGUUUCACUGUUGUGGUUGCUAUUUUGGCUUAUUUUCUUCUCUUCAGUGGAUUCUUCAUAAGCAGGAAUAGGAUUCCACCAUACUGGAUAUGGUUCCAUUAUCUAUCACUAGUGAAGUAUCCUUAUGAAGGAGUGCUUCAGAAUGAGUUUGAUAUUCAACCACCGAGGUGCUUUGUGAGGGGGAUUCAGAUGUUUGAUAACACGCCGCUUGGCGAUGUACCGGGGAGUUUGAAGGUGGAACUGUUGAAGAGUUUGAGUAGUACGUUGGGGAUUAACAUAACGAGCUCUACAUGUGUUGUUACUGGAGCGGAUAUACUGAAGCAACAGGGGAUUACGCAGCUUAGCAAAUGGAACUGCUUGUUUAUUACUAUUGCUUGGGGAUUCUUCUUUCGAUUCCUCUUUUACUUGGCUUUGCUAUUUGGAAGCAAGAACAAGAGGAAGUAAACGAGGAUUUUAUAUAUAAACUUUUAUUAAUUUAUUUAUAAUUCUACCUCCUAUAUAAAUUCUUGUGUAAUAAUAAUCAAAUCCAGAGUGUAGAAAUAGUGCAGCACCACAAAAACUCUACCAAUAGCUUCUUGUGCUUUUCUUUUCUUUUUAGAAUGUUGUAAGUGUACUCAUUUACUUUUUCAGUUGAAGUAAUUUAUUUAUAUCUCUAA